GCACGCGCGCUUCAGCACAGGUGUUGUUAAUGCAGAACUGACAGCUGAGAUUUGGAAACUAAGCUCAGCAAACAGACAGCAGGCAAAACAAAAAAACAAAAAAUGUCCUAGUUUUGACGUUCGAGUCGGAAAACAGGGCUUCGUGUUGUCAGUUGUCACUGAGGUCCUGUAUGAAUGGAAGCGGGGGAAAGAGCGGGGAAGCGGAUAUGCGAGUGAAUUUGAGUCGACAGCGUCUUCACUAGACGCUACCAGGUCAGUUUCCAUCCCGGAGUCAUGGAGGAACGAGCCAGGCUGCUGCUCUCGCUCUUCUUCAUCCUGCUCAAGUUGUGCCUCAGUGAGCACCAGGUCCUCCGAAUCGGGGGUAUAUUUGAAACUCGGGAGAAUGAGCCAGUGAGCGUGGAUGAGUUAGCCUUCAAAUUUGCUGUUACCAGUAUCAACCGCAACAGAACACUAAUGUCAAACACCACCUUGACCUACGACAUCCAGAGAGUGAACUUUUUUGACAGUUUUGAAGCCUCCCGAAGAGUGUGUGACCAGUUAGCUCUAGGUGUUGCUGCAGUGUUUGGCCCUGCUCACAGUUCCUCAGUCAGUGCGGUUCAGUCCAUCUGUAAUGCCCUGGAAGUCCCACACAUCCAGACCCACUGGAAACAUCCCUCUGUGGACAACAAGGACUCCUUCUUUAUCAAUCUCUAUCCAGAGCACAGCGCCAUUAGCAGGGCCAUUUUGGAUGUUGUGACUUACUAUAAGUGGAAGACUAUAACAGUGGUCUAUGAAGAUAGCAUAGGCCUAAUGCGCAUGCAGGAGGUGAUCAAAGCGCCAUCCAGGAAUGGUAUGAAGGUGCGUAUUCGCCAGCUGCCCACGGGGAGCAGUGACGCUCGCCCACUUCUCAAGGAGAUGAAGAAGGAGCAGGAAUUCUAUGUCAUUUUCGACUGCUCCUACCAAAUGGCCUCUGAGCUGCUUAAACAGCUAAUGUCGAUGGGGAUGAUGACUGAGUACUACCAUUUUUUCUUCACUACUUUGGACCUCUUUGCACUUGACCUGGAGCCAUACCGAUACAGUGGUGUAAACAUGACUGCUUUCCGCCUGCUAAACCUGGAGAACCCUUAUGUUGCGUCUGUAGUUCGGAAAUGGAGCGCGGAAUGGCAGUUUGCCCCAUACAGACCUGAAAGUAGCCUGCGGAGUGGCAUGAUGACUACGUCAGCCGCUCUCAUGUAUGAUGCUGUGUUCAUGGUUGCCGUGGCAUCACAGCGGGCCAAUCAGAUGACGGUGAGCUCUCUGCAGUGCCACAGGCACAAACCAUGGAGAUAUGGACCCCGCUUCAUGAACCUGUUUAAGGAGGCUCAAUGGGAUGGCCUGACAGGACGCAUUGUCCUUAACAAGACUGAUGGACUGAGGAAAGACUUUGAUUUGGACCUCAUCAGCCUUAUGGAGGAAGGUACAAGAAAGCAUGUAGAUGGUGGUGCACCACGCUAUACAAAAUUGUGGACAAAGAUUGGGGUGUGGAAAUCAUACACUGGUCUGAACUUGACUGAAAAAAGGGACAGCUCUAAUAACAUCACAGAUUCGCUGGCCAACAGAACGCUGAUUGUUACCACAAUUCUGGAGAACCCGUAUGUAAUGUAUAAGAAGUCUGAUAAGGUGCUUUAUGGGAAUGAUCGCUUCGAAGGCUACUGUUUGGAUCUGCUGAAGGAGCUCUCCAACAUCCUGGGAUUCAGCUAUGAAGUCAGGCUGGUGGCGGAUGGCAAGUACGGUGCCCAGAACGACAAGGGGGAAUGGAACGGAAUGGUCAGGGAGCUCAUUGACCAUAUAGCUGAUCUGGCUGUGGCACCUUUGACCAUCACUUACGUGCGAGAGAAAGUCAUAGACUUCUCUAAGCCGUUUAUGACCCUGGGGAUUAGUAUCUUGUACCGUAAACCCAAUGGCACCAACCCAGGAGUCUUCUCUUUCCUCAACCCCCUCACCCCAGACAUCUGGAUGUAUGUGCUGCUGGCGUGUUUGGGAGUCAGCUGCGUGCUCUUCAUUAUUGCUAGGUUCACACCAUACGAAUGGUAUAACCCUCAUCCUUGCAAUCCUUCAUCAGAUGUGAUGGAAAACAACUUCACAUUAUUAAAUAGUUUGUGGUUUGGAGUUGCAGCACUCAUGAGGCAAGGGUCAGACCAGAUGCCCAAGGCUUUAUCCACCAGAAUUGUUGGGGGGAUUUGGUGGUUCUUCACACUAAUCAUCAUAUCAUCCUACACUGCUAACCUGGCUGCCUUUCUCACUGUGGAGCGGAUGGAUGCUCCAAUCGAUUCAGCUGACGACCUGGCCAAGCAGACUAGAAUAGAAUAUGGAGCAGUGAGAGACGGUUCCACCAUGACUUUCUUUAAGAAGUCAAAGAUCUCAACAUACGAGAAGAUGUGGGCGUUCAUGAGCAGCAGGAAGAACACAGCCCUGGUGAAGAACAAUAGAGAGGGCAUCACACGUGUCCUCACCACAGACUACGCCCUCCUCAUGGAGUCUACCAGCAUAGAAUACAUUAGCCAGAGAAACUGUAACCUCACUCAGGUCGGGGGACUCAUAGACUCCAAAGGCUAUGGAGUGGGAACACCUAUAGGCUCACCUUACCGGGACAAGGUAACCAUCGCCAUCCUGCAGCUGCAGGAGGAGGGCAAGCUCCACAUGAUGAAGGAGAAGUGGUGGAGGGGGAAUGGCUGCCCCGAGGAGAACAACAAGGAGGCCAAUGCCUUGGGAGUAGAGAACAUUGGGGGUAUCUUCAUUGUGCUCGCUGCUGGCCUUGUUCUCUCUGUUUUUGUGGCAAUUGGAGAGUUCAUCUACAAAUCUCGCCAGAACAGUGACGUUGAGGAGGCCUUCUGUUUCUAUUAUGGGGUUCAGUCACGGCAGCUGCAGAGACGUGAUUCCCCCUCGCUCACUGGCACAUCCAAAUCCACAGAUUUAGAGAGUGGGCACCUUCUUGAGGAUGACUGCAUUUGUUUCAGCGAGCUGAUGGAGGAGCUAGGAGUCUCCUUCAGGUGCCACAAAGCAACGAGGAAAAGAAGAAGACCACGAGGGAAAGCAGUAUUCACAGGAGUCUUAUGCAAUUCCAAACACUUCCCCAGGAAAGAAACUGUGGCCUAGGGAGACUGGGGAAAGUUAGAAGUUCUGACUUCUAAUGACUUGGCAAAGGAUUUCAAAUUGUCAUUGAAUUUUAUUUUAUUUUAUUUUAUUGAAACAUGGACAUUGUGUGUAUAUCUCACUUUGUGGUAGUGGAACACAUCUUGGUAUACAUCUUGUUUUGUACGUGGAAUUAUUGAAUAAAAAUGGAGUGGAGUCAUAUUCAGAAAUAUAUCAGUCAUUCCACUUUAGAAUUUCUUGUGCCCAGUCCUCAAUUUUCAAAAUAAAGAGGUUUUACAUAUUUUAA